AUGCUGCGCUUUCGUCUCGUCCGCUCAUUGUCCCACCACGCAGUUCGCACGUGCUUCGUAGCAUCUAACGCAUCAAAAUCUUCGACUUGUCCUUCAUUUGGCAUAGCGUUUGACAUUGACGGCGUUUUGAUUCGUGGCGGCCAUGAGCUGCCUAAUGCAAAGCGCGUACUACAGAGUCUACGCGCGAACAAUGUGCAACAUAUUUUUCUUACCAAUGGUGGUGGAUGUAUGGAGGAAUCGAAGGCUGAGAAGUUGAGCAACAUUCUCGGUUUGUCUAUCAACCCAGAGCAUAUGAUCCUCUCACACACACCCAUGCGUGAGCUCACUAAAACUUAUGGAGACAAACGAGUGCUUAUCAUGGGAUCGCAUGAUGUUUGGCACGUGGCCAAAUGCUAUGGCUUUAAAAAGGUUGUAAGUGUACAGGAUCUACUCCACCAUUGUCCAGCUCAGUAUCCAUUCAAUCACUACGAGCAGAGAUUAGCACCGUAUUACAACGAGCCGAUUGAGGCCAUCAUUGUGAUGCAUGAUCCAAUAAACUGGGCUCCUGAAAUUCAAGUUGCAGUAGACGUGUUAAUAGGAGGUGAUCCACCUGGAUCUGGGUCUUUGUCAGGUAAGCAAACGCCAUUGUUUGUAAGCAACGACGACUUCGUAUUCAGCGGUGAAUAUCAAUCUCCUCGGUUUGCUCAAGGAGCGUUUACAAAAUGCUUAAAACUUCUUUAUGAAGAUUUUACUGGUUGCAAGUUAGAGAUGACCCAUUUCGGCAAACCUCACACCAUCACUUACAAUUACGCGGAGCGCCUCCUUAAUUCGAUCUCAGGACAAACUGAGCCUCUCAAACACAUCUACGGCAUUGGUGACAAUCCGUCGUCUGAUAUUCAGGGAGCCAAUAAUGUCGGCGAGAGGUGGACGUCUGUGCUUGUUCGCACGGGGGUGUACGAUGGGGUAAAUGAACCUGAUCAUACACCUGAUGUGAUCGUCGAUAAUGUUUACGAGGCGAUCAAGCACAUUUACAAGCGUGAAGGCAUCAACGACUAUGCGCUGUAA